CGCGGUCGGCGCGUCCAGAACGUAGGCGAUGCAGUAAGUUGGUCGGGUGCAUCCACGGCGCGGUUAGCGGUUCAGCGGCUUCCUAGCCGCUCACAAGGUUAGUGCCGUUGGUGGCGCGGUCCCCGCUUCGACUGCGUCAGCGGUGUUGGAGGCGCGAUCCGUGUAGGUGGCGUGGAGGGGGGUGUCCAUGGCGUCAGCGUCGUCGGCGCAUCAGUGACGUCAGUGGCGCGACCACAGCACCUACGGUGCGUCGAAGGCAUCCCAGGCGCGGAAUGCAUGGCGGCACGGUCGGUCCGUCAAGAAUGUAGGCGAUGUAGUAAGCUGGUCUGGUGCAUCCACAGCACGGUUAGCGGUUCGGCGGUUUCCCAGCCACUCAAAAGGUCAGUGGCAUCGGCGGCGCGGUAUGCUGGUCGGGGACAUCCGUGGUGCGGUCAUCGGUUCGGAGGCGGGGGUCCCAGGCGCUGACGGCGUCCGCGAGGUCUGUGGCGCAAUGGUGGCGUCCCAGGAACGGUCACUACGUCGGGGGUGUACCCGCUGCGGUCUGCAUAGUGGGCGACUCCGGAAUGUUGGGGAUGUUCGCGGCGCGGUGGGCCCGUCUGCCACGCGACGGCGACAUCAGAGGCGCUGCGGCGGCGUCGCAGGCGCGGAUGGAAUCAGCAGUGCAGUCGGCACGUCGGGAGUGUAGGUGGCGCGGUAGGCUCUUCCGGGGCGGCCGAGAGCGGUCAGCGGGUCGGCGGCGUCCCAGGCGCUGACAGCGUCAGUGGCGUCCGCGGCUCGGUCCCGUCAGCAGCGUCCAGAGGGUCUGCGGCGACCGCGCGUCGGGGGCGCCCAGAGGGUCUGUGGGGAGAUAGCGGCGUCGGAGGCUCUGUCGGCGGUAACUGGGCAUCAGCGUCGCGGUAGGCGCAGGCCGCCCAUCGGUGGCGCGGGCCGGUGCGUCGGAGGCGCACUAAGUUAAGCUUUACCGGGAAGUCCAGGCAGCGUUUCCGAGGUGAGUGCUGCCGCGGGGCGGCGGCCGGGAUCUGCACUGAAGUUUAAGGUUUAGUAGGAAGUCAAGGUUUAGGGGAAGUCCACCCAGCCUUUUGAGGUAAGGGCACAGCGCCAAGCCGGAGAGCAGUGAGUCCGGAAACAGGCGCACAGCUGAGUUGAUGUGUGUGCAGGGGGCCUCCACAACUUUUGCUGUGCCAGCGGGGCGGGCGCGCCUGCCACCCCCCCAGCGCUUAAGUUGCUUGCAUUGGAUUCCUGCCCUGCCACUGCCGGCCGCAGCCCUGUUCUCCUGUGCUCUGGGGAGGAAACUCGCGGGCGAGUCUUCCUGUGGCAUCACAGGAGGUGGAGGGAUGGAGCAGCUUCAGUGGCACAUCCUCCUAGAUCUGGUGGAGGACAUUGACCCUUUGCCCCACCUUCGAGGCCAGAAAUGGGUUACCUCUGGGGACCUGAGUGGCGGGAGAUCUCAAGCCCCAAAUUUGCAAAGUUGGGGUCUUCAUUGGUCUCCGGGAUUCCACACCUGGCGCUGUCUCCAGCUUGGUGGUGGGCAAGCCAGGUGUGCCAGAUCCCGGAAGCACUAGGGGAGCAUUUGUAGCCGUCGCUGAAUCGCCUCAGGACUAGCGGGGCAAGCCUCAAAUGACCCGCAGCAUUUCCAGUAGGUUGGAUUGUGGUGCUGCUGUUUGCGCUCCAAAGAGUUGCUGUGGUUUCCCUGUGUCUGUCUGCCUUGGGAGCUUCUCAGAUCAUCUGGUUUGGCAUCCUCUCACAGAAGAGUUAAGCAAGAUUUCUGGAAUGCUUUCCUCCAUUUCCUUCUGUGUGUUGCUGGUAAAGCUGCUUUCAAAAGGGAGUCUCUUCUUGCAGUGCUAUCUUUUCUUUCACUCCCAGUGCUUGACAAAGUUAAAGAAAAGUAAUCUGCUGGUAGUUUUUCAUCUUUGUUCUGAGCUGAUACGCGUUAGUAGCUUUCUUUUGUUUUUAAAUGUUACUGGUAAAAUUUCACCUGUGAACCAGAAGCUCGCUAUUCCUCUUCUAAAAUGGUAGCUUUAAGAUUUCUGAGAACUUUGUGUCAAAGAAAUCUUGGAAAAGUUACUGAAGUCUACAGAGGAAGCUCACAAUUUUAAAUGUACAGGUGGUCCCGGGACCGUGGAUCACACCUGUAAUCCCAGCACUUCUGGAGACCAAGGUGAGCAGAUCAGUUGAGCCCAGGAGUUCCAGACCAGCCUGGGCAACGUGGCAAACCCCGUCUCUACUGAAAAGACAAAAAUCAGCUGUGUGGUGGUAUGUGCCUGUAGUCCUAGCUACCCGGCAGGCUGAGAUGGGAGGAUCACCAGAACCUGGGAGGUUGAGAUUACAGUGAGCCAUGAUUAUGCCAGUGCACUCAGGCCUGGAUGGCAGAGUGAGAGCCUGUCUCAAGAAAAGAAAAGAAAUACAGGUAAUGAAUUUACACUAAGUAAAUUUCACCAUAUAUCAAGAAAUAGAACAUUACUAGAUUGGUGUAUAAAUGUAGGAGUGGCAUUGUUGGUUUUAGAGGUAUGUGAAUGACAAAACUUUAGUAUCAGUUAUUGUUGAUCAUUUUCACAAAGUGGUUGUACUGCUGAGCGGGGAAUAUUCUGGUUACCCCACAUCUUUGCUUAUUCUUGUCCAUUCAAAAUUAUUUUGCCAUUCUAGUAGAGGUGCAGUAAUAUAUCAGUGUAGUUUCAUUUUGCAUUUUCCUGACAUUGAGAUUGAGUACUUUUAUUACCAUUUAUAUGUCCUCUUUUGUGAAGUGCCUGUUCAAUCUUCUUAUCCUGUUUUCAUUGAUAUGCUUGUUUUUCUGUUGAUUUGUAAUACUUUAUUCUGGAUGUGUCUCAUUUUUAGGAUAUAUAUGUAUUAUAUAUAUUACAUUUCUCUAUUUUUCAAACUGUAGCAUGCCUUUUCAUUCUUUUAGUGGUGUUUUUACGUGAAUGGAGAUUCUCCAGUUUUCUUUUCUUUUUGAGGCAGGAUCUCAUUCUGUUGUUCAGGCUGCAGUGCAGUGGCACAAUCACAGCUCAGUGUAACCUCCACCUCCCAAGCUAGGCUCCAGAGAGUCUCCUGCCUGAGCCCCCAAGUAGCUGGGACCUACAAGGGAGCACCAUUAUGCUCAGCUCUUUUUUGUAUUUUUAAUAGAGAUUGGGUUUUAACAUAUUGCAUAGGCUGGUCUGGAAUUCCUGGGAUCAAGUGAUAACACCUGCCUUGGCCUCCCAAAGCGUAGGGAUUACAGGCAUGAGCCAGUGUACCCAGCCUGAGUUACUUAAUUUUAAUGAACUUAUACUUGAUCAAUCUUUUCGUUUACGGUGACUGUGUUUUGUGUCCAGUUAAUCAAUGCCUAACCUAAGAAUAUGAAAACUGAAUCUCAUAGCAAUUUUAGUUUAGUUUAUGCUUCCCCACCCCCCACCCCUGUGCCCUAGAUAGGCUGUCACUCUAUUGCCCUGGCUGGAGGGCAGUGGCAUAAUCUCAGCUCACUGCAACCUCCACUUCCUGGCUCAGGCAAUCUUCCCCGCUCAGCCUCCUGAGUACCUGAGACCAUAGCAUGUGCCACCAUUCCUGGCUAAGUUUCCUAUUUUUUUGUUGUUGUUGUUGAGAUGGGGAUUCACCAUUUUCGCAGGUUGGUCUCAAACUCUUGGGCUCAAGUAGUCUGCCUGCUUCAGCCUCCCAGAGGGCUAGGAUUCGAGCCAACCCACCCACCCAUGAUUCACUUUUUACUACAUGGAUGUGACUGACAGUUUGAUCCAGAACCAUGUAUGGAGAAGACCAUCUUUGUCCUUAUGCACUGUGUAGCACUUUUUUUCAUCAAUUGGAUGGCUGUAUGGUCAUCUGAUUGAGCAAAUAAGUGUGGGUCUGUUCCUGGACCAACCUGGGCAGCAUAGCAAGAUCCAGUCUCUACAAAAAAUAAUAAAGAAUAAAGAAAUACAUGAAAUUUUUAAGUGGGUAGAGCAGAUGGAGUCAUAGGUGGUAAUUUAUAAACUAUUGUCACUUUCUUGGCUACAUACAGGUGUUGGUAAGUGAGAUCUUUUGGGAGUUCAGGCAAAAUGUAUUAAGUGAAUUCUUUGGUUUUCAGAAUGAUUGCUAGAUGUUCAUUGUGACUUCAAUUAGAUGUUAUUUGUGCCUCACAGAGCUACAGGUUUUAUUCUCUUCUUUAUUUAUUUGUCUUUAAACAUUUUUACAAUCUUCCUGUCAAGGCAGUACCUCUUUUACACUUAAUUGUUCUUAGGUAUAGUUAAUUACCAGGAAAAUUUUAUGGAUCAUAUCUAACUGUUAAGCCACUUAAAGUAAAGGGCUGCGAUAUAAUGUAGACAAUAGGAUUCUACAUAAUAGUCUCAGGAGUAUAUCGAUUAAAUUGUUUCUUCUUCUUCUCCUUUUUUUUUUUCCUUGAGACAGGGUCUGGCUCUGUUGCCGAGGCUGGAGUACAGUGGUGUAGUGGUAUGAUCGUGGCUCACUGCAGCUUUGACCUCUCAGGCUCAAGCAGCCUCCCACCUCAGCCUUAAGUAGCUGGGACUACAGGCAUGCACCACCAUGCCUGGCUAAUUUUGUACCUUUUGUAUGCAGGGUCUUCCUAUGGUGCCCAGACUGGUUUGAAACUCCUGGGCUGAAAUGAUCCUCCCACCUUGUCAUCCCAAAGUUGUUGGUAUUACAGGUGUGAGCUAUCACACCUGGCCAUUUUAGUUUUAAUAAUUUUAUAUUUUUGUAACUUAGAAUAUUUACUAAGUCUAUUUAAUUUAUGAAUAUGAUAUUCAUUAUGGUUAUUUUGUAUGCAUUUAAUCUCAUUUUAAUAUAAGGUCUUGGAAAUUAGAGAUGUUGUUUCUUAUUUGCUACCGUGUUCUCAGUACUUGACCUUGCCUGGUAUGAUACAGUUAUUGAAACAGUUGUUAAAUGAAUGAAUGAACCACAUUUAUAAAUUCUCCAAGUAUCGCAGCAUUCACCAUCUAACAAAUAAAAGAGCGUGUCUAGAGUAGAGUCACAGUUAACCUGCCAUACGAGGAAAUGUCAAUGAAAAUCAACCUUUGUAUGUGUAGCUGCUAAGAUUUUGGGGGCUUUUGUUACUGCAGCAUAAACUAGGGAAGCUCAGUGAGAUGGCAGACAGAAUACACACACACACACACACACACACACACACACACACACACGAAUAUAAAUAGACCGGAUGGACCAGUAGAUGAGAUUCCAAAGAUAGUUCAUUCAGCAUUAACUAACCACACCUACACUCUUAAUUUCCUAACAGAAUGAAUGGAAUUUCUGUUCACUAAGAUCUGCCUCAAGGAGUACUUUGUGAAAACUUCUCUGGAUGUGCAAGUAUUUAAUCAGGACCUUUUCUUUUUCCUCCUGCAGGUUGGAGUGCAGUGGUGCCAUCAUAGCUCACUGUAACAUGUAACUCAAGGCUCAAGGAAUUCUCCUGCCCCAGUCUCCCAAGUAGCUGAGACUGCAUGUGUGCACCACCAUGCUUGGCUAAUUUUUAUUUUCAGAGACAGGGUCUUACUAUAUUUCCCAGGCUGGUCAGGACUGUUGAUUGCAUACGACAGAAACCCAACCAACCCUAGUUCCCGCCACCCUUCAGUCUGCUCCUUUCUUAGUCUUCCGAGUCUCAACAAAUGGCAGUUUCAUCCUUCAUGUUGCCCAAGCCCCAAAUCUUAAUGUUAACCUUGAUUUCUCUCUUUUAUGUCAUAGCUUAUAUGAAGGCCAAUCAUGUUCAGAUCCAGGCAGAGGUUCUUGCUAACCCAGGCUCUCACCGGCACAGUGUCCUUUUCUGUCCUCCUGAGGGCAUCUGGAGCUUCAGUGCUGUGUGCUCUGGGCCUCCAUGCUGGGGCACCACCGACUCUGGCCGUCCAGGGCUUCCAGUGGACUCUCCGAGGCACCGAUGUAGAAUCUUCCCCAUUCAGCGCACCAAGAGCAGCCUCCCACGGUGUGGGCUGACAUGAAGAGCUGUCAGAUCCAACAGAUUCCGUGUUCCCAUUAAUGGAAAAUAUCAGUGGUGUAAGUUCCCCUGGAUCUCCUCAUCUUCAUGGAGCCUUGGGAGGAGCCUGAAUCACUGAUGGAAUUGGACUGUGCAUGGAGAUGGUUGAGCAAGAUGAGGUCCCUGGCCCGACCUGUGGUGCCCCAAACGUCGGCAUGAUAGCAUCUGGCAGGACGUGCUCCAGGAAGACCACAGAGGCAAACUUUCCAGAUGCCAUCGAGAAUUCUUACUCCCAGCAGGAAGAGACCAAACCAAAUAUCGGAGCCAGCAAAAAUAGACUUCUUCUGAGUCAGGUGGCUUACUUCCUGAACUACCAGCUGAAGACCUACAGAGAUCGAAACAAUCACGAUGAAGAACAGAAAGGCAGAGACAGCAAAAAUAAACUUCUUAUGAGUCAAGUGGCCUACUACCUGGGCUGCCGGCUGAAGACGGAAGUCCCUGGCUAUCUGUGUUCUGCCCCAAACGUCAGCACGGUGACAUCUGGCAAGCCUCCUUCCAGAGAAAACACAGAGGUGAACAUUGCAGAAGGCAUUGAGAAAUCCUGCUCCCGGCAGGAAGAAAACAAACCGACUUUCAGAGCCAGCAAAAAUAGACUUUUUCUGAGUCAGGUGGCCUACUUCCUGAACUACCGGCUGAAGACCUACGGAGAUCGAAAAGAUCACAAUGAAGAACAGAAAUGCAGAGACAGCAAAAAUAAACUUCUUAUGAGUCAAGUGGCCUACUACCUGGGCUGCCGGCUGAAGACGGAAGUCCCUGGCUAUCUGUGUUCUGCCCCAAACAUCAGCACGGCGGCAUCAGGCAAGCCUCCUUCCGGAGAAAACACAGAGGUGAACGUUGCAGAAAGCAUUGAGAUAUCCUGUUCCUGGCAGGAAGAAAACAAACCGACUUUCAGAGCCAGCAAAAUUAGACUUCUUCUGAGUCAGGUGGCCUACUUCCUGAACUACCAGCUGAAGACCUACAGAGAUCGAAAAGAUCACGAUGAAGAACAGAAAGGCAGAGACAGCAAAAAUAAACUUCUUAUGAGUCAAGUGGCCUACUACCUGGGCUGCCGGCUGAAGACGGAAGUCCCUGGCUAUCUGUGUUCUGCCCCAAAUGUCAGCCCAGUGGCAUCUGGCAGGCCUCCUUCUAGAAAAAACACAGAAGUGAACAUUCCAGAAGACAUUGAGAAAUCCUGCUCCCAGCAUGAAGAAAACAAAGCAAAUUUCAGAGCCAGCAAAAAUAGACUUCUUCUGAGUCAGGUGGCCUACUUCCUGAACUACCAGCUGAAGACCUACAGAGAUCGAAAAGAUCACAAUGAAGAACAGAAAUACAGAGACAGCAAAAACAAACUUCUUAUGAGUCAAGUGGCCUACUACCUGGGCUGCCGGCUGAAGACGGAAGUACCUGGCUAUCUGUGUUCUGCCCCAAACAUCAGCACGGUGACAUCUGGCAAGCCUCCUUCCAGAGAAGACACAGAGGCAUUGAAAGUUGCAGAAGGCAUUGAGAAAUCCUGCUCCCAACAGGAAGAAAACAAACCAACUUUCAGAGCCAGCAAAAAUAGACUUCUUCUGAAUCAGGUGGCCUACUUCCUGAACUACCAGCUGAAGACCUACAGAGAUCGAAAAGAUCACGAUGAAGAACAGAAAUGCAGAGACAGCAAAAAUAAACUUCUUAUGAGUCAAGUAGCCUACUACCUGGGCUGCCGGCUGAAGACGGAAGUCCCUGGCUUUCUGUGUUCUGCCCGAAACAUCAGCAAGGUGGCAUCUGGCAGGCCUCCUUCCAGAAGAAACACUGAGUUGAACACUCCGGAAGGCAUUGAGAAAUCCUGGUCCAGGCGGGAAGAUAAUAAACCCAAUAUCGGAGGCAGCAAAAAUAGACUUCUUAUGAGUCAGGUGGACUACUCCCUCAACUAUCGGCUGAAGACAUGCAAAGAUCGACAAGAUCAUGAAAUACAGAAAUACAGAGAAAGCAAAAAUAAACUUUUUAUGAAGCAAGCAGCCUACUAUAUGUGCUGCCGGCUGAAGAUCGAAGAAGAUCAGAGACGUCAUGAGGAAGAACAGAAAUACAGAGACAGCAAAAAUAAACUUCUUAUGAGUCAAGACUACCCGGGCUGCAGGCUGAAGACGGAAAAAAACGACAAAGAUGAGGAUGAAGACGUUCAUGUCAUGGAGGCUGAGAACAUCCAGGAAUCACGUACCCCCAGGAAUCUGCAGGAGUAUGUGGAGGAGGAAGCCCCCGAGGAGUCCUGGGAUGAAGAUGAUUCGACUCUCUCAAUUCCUCCUGGCACAUUUGCCUUCAAUGAGCCUUACAGGACCAACUUGCGCUCAUUAGAGGAACAGCAGGUCAACUUGGCUCAUGACAUAGACACGAUUAAAAAGGUUGAAGAAGAGGAAGAAGACCAAGGCCCACUGUGCCCCAGGCUCAGCAUGGAGCUGGUGGAAGCAGAAGAGCCUGAAGUCUUCUGGUACUCACUGGAUAUAUUGUAUUCAACAUAUACAGCUCAUCUUGAGUUUUAUUACACAUGCCAGGCUUACACAUAUGCCGUUUUUUUAUAUGCAGAAGAGCAUGUUCGCUUGACUUUGGACAUGGACAGUGGGUUUCUUACUAUGACGGUGAUAGGACUCCACCUGGUCUCCCGGAUAGGGGUCAUAUUUCCACACUAAGACAAUGUGUCACACGGGACUCUGCCGGUGCAGAGCAUGAACCAUGCCAUGUUCUUGCUGAAAACGCUUAGCCUGAGUUUCAUAGCCUGAGGUAAUCUCCAGACAACUUCAGAAUGUAGAACAGUGAGUGGCACAACUGACCUGUCUCCUUCAGACAGCCCAUGUCACCACAAAUCACACAACUGAAAGUAGAAGAGAUGUUUUGGGUUGAAAAAGAGUAAAAAGAUAAUGUAGCUACAUUUCUUUAGUUUUUUUGAACCCAAAGUGUCUCCUCACCUUGUUGUUGUUGUCGUUGAUGGUGGUGACAUGGGCUUGUUUGUAGAGGACAGGUCAGCCGUCCUGCUCAAUGGUCUGUACUCUGAAGUUGUCUGAAAAUGUCCUCAUGCUUAAAUUCAGCCUAAGUGUUUUUCCGGGAACACUGCAGUGUCAUUGCUACCUCACCCAUCUGCAGGUAGAGAAGGUCCCGUGUGUCUACCACCAUGAUCGUGAUACCAGGACUUUUCCACCAUUUGUCUAUCACCAUGAUCGUGAUGCCAGAUCUGUACCUUUCAGAGACACCUUAUUUAUGCGGAUGUAUAUAUUCAUAUUUAUAUGGAAGUAAUUGGAAAAAUGGUUUUUAAAGGUAUUAAUAUCCUGUAUUCAAAUGAUCAUCCCUCAACAUUUUAUUAUUCAGUAAUCAUCCCUGGCUGUGUCAAUUAUUGUAUUUACAUCUCUACACUGGAAAUUUUCUAUUUUUGCAGUAUAUUCGCUUUUGCUGGUUUCUGUUGUUGAACCAAAAAAACUCCCUCCCUGCAUUUCAAUUAUUGCCAAUCUUAAUUUUAAUCUAUACAAAGAAAAUUUUUUUUCUUUAAGAUAAGGCUGUCAGCACCUAAGGCCACAGCAAAACAGAGCCUUUGUUUGCUAAUUUUUAAGCCUUUGUUAAUUUCUGGCUGAUGGAGGUAGUUUAUUUAAUUAGCUGCUAAUAUCUAUUUAAGUGAGCAGCCAGAGUAAUGUCUAUCAGACUAAGGAUGUGCAAAGCCCAGACCAUUCUCUUUGAGUCUUUUAAACUAUUUCAGAAGAGAAGGGAAUAGGCAGAUUCCACAUAUGUGGACAGGAAGGAGAAUACGCUAAAAGACACAAACAACCGUUGCCCAGAACAGAAUAGAAAAUCCAUUAAAAUGCAUGAAAUAUUUUCUUGUGAAAUGUAAUCUCUCCAAACUUAGCCAUUAUAUGAAAGUCAAUUCUUAAUAUGCCACACUACAUUGACUCUUGACGUUCAUAAGAAUUCAUUUCCAUGUUUGUUAUUUGAAAAAGCAAAAGGACUGUAAUCCUUUGUUUUCUUUGCCAUGAUCAUUUUAAGAUUGAGAAUGUUUUUCCAAUAAAAAGAUUGUAAAGA